CGGGCGGUGCGGCCCCGGCGCAUGGCGGCCAUGCCGUGCCACAACCAGCGCCUCGGCCCGCGCCCGCAGGAUGAACCAUCGCCUCCAGCGACCGCCACGGCGGGCGGCGGGCCGCGACUGCUGCGGUUCGCGGAGCCCGGCGCGGACAGCGGCUGCCCCAGCCCGGACAGCAGUAGCAGCGGCGGCGGCGGUGGCGGGGAUGGUGCGGCGGUGCCGGUCCCGGUCCCCGCGGGGCAGGGCGCGGCGGCGCCGCUGGGGACGCAGCUGAAGCUGCUGCCCAUGAACGACCAGCUGCGGGAGCUGCAGACCAUCAUCAGGGACAAGAAAUCCAGUAGAGGAGACUUCGUAUUUUCUGCUGAUCGUCUGAUCAGACUUGUGGUUGAAGAGGGCUUGAAUCAACUGCCAUACACAGAGUGUACGGUGACCACUCCAACAGGACACAAGUACGAAGGAGUCCGAUUUGAGAAGGGGAACUGUGGAGUCAGCAUAAUGCGAAGCGGAGAGGCAAUGGAACAAGGUUUACGAGACUGCUGUAGAUCAAUCCGCAUCGGAAAAAUACUGAUACAGAGCGACGAGGAGACUCAAAGAGCGAAAGUUUACUACGCUAAGUUCCCGCCAGACAUUUACAGGAGAAAAGUUCUUCUUAUGUACCCAAUACUCAGUACGGGCAAUACUGUCAUCGAGGCUGUCAAAGUCCUUGUGGAGCACGGCGUGCAACCGAGCGUCAUCAUCCUGCUCAGCCUGUUCUCCACACCCCACGGUGCCAAAUCGAUCAUCCAGGAAUUCCCAGAGAUCACCAUCUUAACGACAGAAGUUCAUCCUGUUGCACCAACGCACUUUGGGCAGAAGUAUUUUGGAACAGACUGACAUUCUUGGACAAACGGAUACAACUACGAUAUUACAAGAGGUUUUUUUUAUGUUUUAUUAUUAUUGAGUUGGUUGAGGGCAUGUUCAAAACUUUUUUGGCCAAAGGGGGAAAAUCCUUGACUUGGCUUCGUUCUGGUCAGUCACGGCCCGAGCACCGAGUCAGGUUCAGGAACCAAGCACUCUGUCACUGCAAAGCCAAGCACCGCAAGGCUGGGGUUGUAUAAAUUGCUACACUCUCUGCUUUAACUUAUUUAUUCUUCUAUAGCCUGUCUUGUGGCUGCUUGCAAGAGCAAAAUAAAACUCAGUCACAAAGGCGCGUCCUUCAUUUUUAGUGGUAAAGUUUACAUCAGUCUAGGUUGGCUGCUACAGCCGCUCCUCCUGCUUCCAAAAGGACAGGGGUGCUUGGAACUUGAUGCAACUCCUAGCAGCCACGUUGAAUUUCUGGCAGAAGUUUCAGCCUCGGAAUGGUGGCCAAGAACUAAAGAUACUGCUAUGAAUUUUGCUCUGUAUAGGUUAUGUUCAAAUAGUAAAACAUCCACAGUCAUCCUGCUGGGUGGCACUGUAUAAAGAAGCUUCCUGUUGCAGAUGGGGUGGGAAUGAGGGUGGGAGCCGCACUACCUCCAAAACCUCGACACGUGCAGCACUUAAGGUUUGUCUUUCAAGUCUUUCGUGGUUGAAUCGGUACUGUAACCCUGUUAAAGAAAGGAAAGGGGCUGCAAAUGGCUGAGUCCACGUGUAGCUCUGUUCACAGAGCAACAGGCCUAAAGUCAGAAGACACAUACGGCCCUUUCAGGAUACUCAGUGGGGUAAUUGUAUUGAUCAGACUAAAUAUAAAUCAGUAGCCAAAUACUUUCUUUCUUUGUCUUUAAAUCCCCUGAUACCUAGUUCCCCACCAUCCAACACCUACAGUAAGGUAAGACACUCCCUAGUUUAACUUUGGGAAAAUGUAUAGAGAGGUCUAUUACUGUUUUUUAAAUAUAUCCAUAUUGUAGAAAGCACAGGAUUAUGGGGUGUCACCACUUCACCCCUCUCACUGGAUGAGCGGACUGCAAAGGCCUGGGCUGCCCCAGCCACUGUCUCGGGAGCCGUGGGGCAGCGUUGAGGGAAUCCUGGUUUUGACACAGACAAGAACCUUCCCCACUGCAGGGCAGGCAGCAAUUUCAAUCAACUGAAGUUGGCAAGGCUUCCACCGAGAGCGCAUUUAGCCUGAGCGUGGCUCAGUCACAGGAAAGAACCAUUCACAAGUAUAAUAAAUUUGUCAAAAAUGGUUUUAAUGCAGUCCUUGUCUGCAGCAUAAACUGCAAUAGAAAAUAACCAAGCAGAACGUACAGGAUCUUCAGCUGUACAAACCAUACAAACACUUGGAAACAAAUGUACGCAAAACAUUCCUAAUAAAGUCAGAACGUUUGUUGGACAGUAAAAAUGAGUAUCCAAAGCUUUUUUAAAAACCCCUGUGAUACCAAAAGUCUCAAUGCUGGCAGCAGCAUUAAACUCCUGAACCUGACCGAACGUCCCCGGUGGUGGCAGCAGACUGUGACAUUCCUUAGGAAACAAUUACUUCCUAUUAAAUUAAAGGGUGCAAAAUCAGUGUUACACAGCACAGCUCUGAGUAGCACGUCCUUAGCUGAACAGAGCAGUGCCUGUAUGCGAGAUACUUCAUCAUCCCAACACCUGGUUAUCCAAACAGCAGCUGACUGUGUUCUAACAAAUGCAAGGGGUGGGAUUGAUGGGACUCUGUCCAAGGAUUUCAGUUGCCAGCAGAGCCCACUGAGCCCUUCUGCCACCACAGGAAAAGGGUGUUUCGCUGCAGUGGCUCACAGGGAAGGGAGGUCUGACCCAGUCGCAGAGGUAGUGUUGUGGUUCCCAAAUGGAGCCUCUGGAGCCCUGGACAGCUCAUGCAGUUGUGUCCUACUCCACCCCAGUUCUCCCAACCUGGUCAAAACAUCAUGAAACCCACUCGCUUUACUUUGGAGCAAGGUACAAAACUCCCAAUGCUGAAUUCUAAAACGGACUCUGAAUUGUUAUGGUUGGAAAAGGCCUCCAAGUUCAGCAGGACCAACCACACAGAUCGGCCUGCAAUUAUCUGAUCCUGAGAUUUAAUUAAGGUUUAUCUUUGAGGGACCGUUUUCACAACAAACACAGCAGAGCUGCUUUCAUAUUAAAGAACCAGCUGGACAGAAUAAUGUAAAGAAUAAAAUAACAUGAGCUUCUCCAUUUUCUACAUUACCAGCAAAAGAGAAGCUGUUUGCAGUUCCCUGCUCCAACAGUGCAAUUGGAAUUACCUCAGAACAGCCUGCUAGAACUGCAGGGCCAGCAGGAAGCUACGUGUUCCUGUUGGUACUGCAGGAGAAUGCACGCGCGGGGAGUUAAAUCAGAACAGCACAACCAGUUCCAUCCACCUCCUCCCAUAACAUCCAUGCUUCCUUUUUGGGAGGCCACUCCGCACCAGCCCAGGCGGCUCCUUACCUCAGCAGGAGAUCAGCUGCUGAUAGGAGGAAUUUCUCCUACCCAUCCCAGAGGCUCCUGGAUCCUCCAGAAAAUGGAGGGAAGAGAUACAUCAAUACCUUCAGGGAUUCAUUGGAUUUUAUUUGCUCUUCUGAAGGGCAGUGCUGAUCUGAGAAGGUGCAGCACACACCUCCCCAGUUCAGAAAGGAGAUGGGGAGGACAGGGCUGGUUGGUUUGUUUCCAGGCUUCCCAUGGGAUUUAGCCUGAGGUUUAGCUCAAGAAAAGUUCAAGUCUGAUCAGUGCUAAAACAGCAGGAAUGCCUCCAGGUAAAACACCCAUGUGU